GGGGAAGCUCGUUUGGCAAUUUAGAUUUAAAAUCACCAUUUCAUAGGCUCUGCAAACUAACACAGCUGAAAUUUAAAUGUAAGGAAGGAUAUCGCUUUGCUGGGUGAUAAUCAGGCUGGAUGUUAUUCAACCAUCCGGCAGCUGAAGGACUUGGUGCUCACAGUCUAUUUCCUGCGACCACAGCCUGCACCGUCAACUUCUCCACAUGCAUCAGAACAUCCCCCAGCAUGCCUUCACUCCCGUCCUGCACCAGUCCUCGAGCAUCCUGCCAAAUCCAGCAAUGAUGGGACCUCAGGACAGAAAUUUUAACACAAACCUGCCCGGACAAACAAUGAGGACCUUCUUUGCACCCAUCACAGCCUCGCACAGAGCAACAAAAAGAUCCUUUAACUCAACAAGACGAGGGAGAUGGGGCGCACUGCAUGUGUGUAUUGCGUGGAAAAUUUACUACCACAAACAACUCAAGAAACUGCAACAAAUGCACAGCAGUCAACAGGAGCUGACACCUGAGUGUCCUGCUAGCAGUCCCUCUGCCUCUGUGCAACAAAAGGAAAUACACCAGCCGUGUGCACACCCAUGUUCAGGUGGAAGCAAGAGUGUAACUGCAAGCUGUGACAGUUCUGUCUCCGACCUUCAAACGCCUCCACCAGUGUCUACCCACAGCCGUGCAAACUGGGAGAAACUUGACUGUGAGAAGCAGGACCAGCACUCAACACCUGAUGAGAAAGAGAAGCACCAGAUCCGCCAAUCUAGCCCAACAAAGGAUUUAACUCAUAAAGAGAAGUUCAGGGAAUUAAUAGUCACUUCUGACCUUGAUGGCAGACACAGCGGCUCGCUUGACAGGAAGAGGCAGUUUGAGUGUGAAGCCAUCAACAAAGCAAAGAGAAUGAGGCACGAAAUGUUCAACAGUCCGUUUGGUUCUUCUCAGACUUUGCAGUAUUAUCCAUCUCCAUUCAUCACAACUUAUACACAUCCACCAGCACACAACAUGCAAGUGCAACACACUAACAUGAGUGAUUGCUCUUUCCUGUAUCCUAACAGCAUUAGAUUUAAUGCGUCUUAUCCAGGCACCAAGUCGCAUCCCUGCCAAACUUCUUCAUGGGAGACAAUGAGGGACACACACAGUUUCCAUUUAAGGAAACACACCCUUAAAGACUACUCGCUGAAUACCUGCAAGGCAAUCAGGAAACCUCUUGUAACAAGAGGUAUCACGUCACCUCUUUAUUUCCUUCGAGGGAGGGAGACACUUCUGUCUAGAGAAGUGUCAACACCGCUGCAGAUGCCAGCGGCCUCAUACUGGCUUUCUAGCAAUGCAGUAUUGGGACCCUGAGUCUCCAGAGUCUGGCUGAAAGGGAGAGCUCACAUUCUCAAAUUUCAUCUCUCACUUCAGUUUUAUUUAUACAGAGCCAAAUAAAAACAGUCACAUCAAGGCACUAGGAAUCUCUGAGUAAUCAGCCACAGUGGGAGAAAGUACCUCUGACAGAACCAGGUUCAUCGAGGGCAAGCAUGUCCUGGAACUGGGUGAAGUGAAGGAAAAAUUGAAGAUAAUGGAAAAAAACAGCAACAUUUCAAACUCCAAGAGAGAACACACAAAUUAAAGACAUAAAAUAAUGGCUUAUAAAUGCAUGUUGAAUGUUUUCAGGGACGGUCUCCAAGCAGUCUGAGCCAUUUGCUUCAUAGCUGAGGGGUUGAUCCAGCUCUGAAUGUAAGCUUGACCUAAAAACUAAGUUUAAUCUAAUCUUAAAAGCAGACUGGGUUCCCCAACUCAAGCUGGGAGCUGGUAACAGAGGACUCACAGAGAUCAUUAGGACAUGAUGGGUACUAUGAGGUAUUUAAAAAAUAUAUAUUUACAGCGCUUGUCUUGUGUUCACUGGUCAUUUAGGUUUCUGUGGUACUCCACACAGUGAGCAGCACUGAUUAUUUACACCUUCAGUAUAAGCAGAUUCAGAUUCAUGUGCUUACUUUUUUUUUUUUUAAGUUGGGCUCAGGUUGGCCUCUAAAAAAACUGGAAUAUGAAAAACUGCAGAUUUAUGGAUUUUAUACAGAUUCUGUCUGUAAGGCUGUAUUUUGCACAUAAGCUUUGAGCUAAAUGCUAAAAAUGAGGAUGUUAAAAAGCUUGCAGUGCUGAUGUCAUGUUCAGGUCAGACACCUGACUGAAUGUCAAUUUUGACCUAAUGAUGGAAGUAUAUGCAAAGUCGAUCCAGUACGAAUAGAUGUGGAUUAACCCUCAUUAGCAUCCGUACAACCACAAAGCCACAAAAAGACACAAAAACAUGGCACAAACUUUUCUUGUUUCAAAAAUGUAUUUAACUGUGUAACAAUAAAAUUAAAGGUCACAACAAAAAAUAAAGUCUUCAAAAUUCAGUGCCUGGAGAACAUUUCAUGGAACAAGCUUUCUAGUGCUUUUAACUCCUCCCCCAUUCAUAAAAACGCUAACAGAAAUUUUUACCUGGGGUUCACAUUUGUACGGAGCCUUUAAAAGCAAGGUUGUGGUAUUUCAGUCUAUAAGAGCUGCUAUGGUGUGCGAAUGAUGCAUGAUCUUCUAAAUAUCUGAAAUGCUGGAGAAUGUGAGGAAGGGUUAGGAUAAAUUAAAAAAAAAAAAAAAAUACA